AUGGUUUUCGAACGCAAGAUUGUUGCUAGUCGUACCAGCAAUGACUCCGCCUUGAAAUUGCUAAAGGUCUUCAUGGGCGGCGAGAAGAUCUCUAGCGAGAUCGUCAAGACUUUCUAG